AUGAUGGUUUUUUCUCCUCCGACGACGGCAGUUGGAAUGAUCAAUGCACCAUCAUCGUCGACACAUACAGGAGGAGGAGGAAUGCAUAUGAUGAGCUCAAUGAAUCAUCAUUACAACAACAAUUAUCAACCUCAAUAUCGUGAACACCCUUCAGAGGUUCCAUUGCUCUCUCGGAGCAUAAAAAUAUCAACAGCCAACAGUAGCAGAAACAACAACAAACAAAAUGAUCACCCAUCAUCAACACUUAGAGGAUCAGUGGAAAGUAUAAAAAGGAUCGCAACACGUGGUCAACGAGAAGUACGAUUUAUGGAAAGUCAAGAAGACCCAUCAUCGAGGUUGAGACAUUCCGUUGGGAAAUACAAAUCAACAGAUUCACUUGUGAUUGAUUUGUCUUUAAUUGGAGAGGAUACGGAGAGCUCAGCAUCAUCACCAUCAACAGAGCAUCAAGCUGAUUCAACGUUUUCUCCGUCCACAAAUGCUCCAACAUCAGGUGCCCAUUUUACAACAGGCUUGAAAUCAGUAACAUCGUCAGAUUUUUCUACAUUCAAUACAAAUUUUCAUGACUACAGCGCAGGAUCCGAACAUUCUUCAUUGAUGGAUUUUACUUUUGAUCUUGAAACAGACGCUGAAGAGCGAUUAAAAGGAUUGAUAAAUCAAUUGGAUGCAAAAUUAUAUGGAUUAAAGCAUGAGCCAACACGGCAGCAUUCACCUCUAAAAUCUACCAAACGAAAACCAAAAAGAUUUCAAGAUAAUGUAAAAACAGAAAAGAAAACUUUGGAAAAAAUAGCAUCUCAAUGGUCAUCAACAUUCCCACAUUUAGCAGUUGUUGCAGUUUCUUUUGGUGAGUUUACUGACCAAGAUUCUUUAAACACAAGUGUAGACCUAUCUCGCACGUUUGAAUACGACGAAGUGAAUGGAGAGUCACAAAAAUACAUGCCCCUUAGUCCUUUUGGUGGUGUGGUUGAGGAAAUUAUUGCUGAGGACGGGGAAUAUGAAGAGGUUAUAGUCAUCGACCAAGGAAAUAAGAGGGCUUUGCCAUCUCCUCUGGAUUCUGAUUCUUUUCUUAAUAGAUCCACACCAAAUUUUACAGCUCACCAAAGAAAACCUAAGGAAUCACCUCAGAGCCCUUUGUCGACUCAGUUUGCAGAAAGAAUUAGAGUUCAACUCAACCGAGGAUUUCCACCCUUAGAACCUCACUCUGCAUUGUUUUAUGAAGCCCAGUGGGAAGUUUUUGAUAGUAUUUGGAAAAAAGUUGUUCCCAAAAUUGUCGAGUGUUUUAGAUCUUACCUUAACGACUCUUCUCCAAAGAAGAAAUCUAUCGAAACGAUAGAUAGCUCACAAAGUAAUACCGUGGAUGUCAUUUAUAUCAACGAUAAUUACAGUACCAAGUUUAUUGAAGAGCUGGAAAAUAUUGAUGACGAUGAUUCAUUCGAACGAUCUAUGACACCUUUUUCAGCCAUAACGACCAUUAGCUCCGCAUCUUCGUCAAAAAAUUUAAAAUUUUCACCUGGAUCUAAAGAGCGAGCUGACAAGAACAAGUCUGAUUUAAAUAAUGCUGUUCUAAUCAGCUCGUUACUUCCUAAACCAAGAAGAAAUAGUAGCUUUGGGCUUUUAUCGAUUAUCAAAGGCAAUGAAAAAUAUAUUGGAAACCACGAGAUUCAAAAAAUGUCAAGAGAAAGCAGCCAGCGUAAUAUGGAAGUGAAUCAAAAACAAUUUCCAGUAAGACACCAUCAGCACUUUACUGGUGGAUUUCGCCCAAAUAAUCAUACAACCAAUCCAUCCAUAACCCCUAAGCCUCCUCUUCCUCACAACAGUAUUAAGUCUUCCCUGAAACCAGAACCGAUUUCUAAUGGUGACAGAGCUCAGUCAGCCAUGCCCUCCUCCUUUAACAAACUAAUUAUUCUUGAAAACGACAACAAAAUCAACAACUCUUCUAUCAAGCUUAACAACCUGGUGUCUCUCACUCAAAACAAUCCAACUAAUGGAAGUAGUAUGAGUAGACCUCAAACACAGUCUCAGUUUUCGAAGAAAAAUCCCUCCCUUGCCAAUAUUUUCAAUCCUGAUGUAAAUAUUAAUAGAAUGGAACAAUACUCCAAUGAUCAGGGUAUUAGGAGAUCAGACCUCUCUUCCCCUUCGAUUGGAAAUUCAACUGUGACAUAUCAAAUAACGAAACGAAAAAAUCCAAAGCAGACCAAGCCAACUCGAGAAAAGGUUCGAUAA